AUGAGUAUACUAGUUUAUCAAUUUGUUUUGUUUUUCUCACAGCCAAAUGUUUCUGAUGAUUGUCUUCCACCAAUGAGUUAUUAUCUCCAACUCAUUGAUUUCUACCUCCUUUCUGCCAGAGAGAGUUUCCAUCUAAUAUCCACGUGGCUCGCCGUUAUUAUGGCGUCUAUUCGUUAUCUCGUUAUGAACUUACUGAUGUCCCUGUAUUAUUCUGUACGAGUGAAGUUUGUGGAACUUCCAGAGAGAUGGAAACCUGCAGAAAACUGCACGCUCCCCAAGAAUACUAGCUUUCCUGAUUAUGAUAUCGUCGAUAGAGAGUGGUUUCUCAGUGCCGACUGGAUUUAUGAGAUAUUUGUUUUAUUGGAAGGACUCUUGAAGAUAGUGCCGUCUAUACUCUUGCCAAUUCUUGCAUGUCUACUGAUCAAACAGAUAAAACUGGCUGGAAAUGUCAAACGAAAGGUUUCAAGCAAGACUGAAGAGUAA